GAUGAAGAUUUUGCUGAUGUAGAGAUAGUCGCUGAUGCGGCUGCACUCUAUAAGGAUGCCGAUUUGAUAUUUAAGGUGACGCCACCAACGGUUGAAGAGCUAGGCCAGAUGAAAGAUGGCUGCACGCUUGUUGGUUUUAUGGUGCCAAGUAAAAAUGCUGACAUGAUGAAGCUGAUGUGUGAUAAAAAAAUCACUUCGCUGGCGAUGGAAUUGGUGCCACGCAUUACUCGCGCACAAUCAAUGGAUGCACUUUCCUCACAAGCAU